AAAGCCAAUAAAAAUGAUGACUUGACCCAAGUCUAGUCUAGAAAGCCUCCUGAUUAGUGAUCCACAUCACCUUUUUUUUUUUUUAUAAAUAUAUAAAUAUCAAAGCUUCUACUGAGCUAACUACUCAUCAGCAAGAAGAAUAAAUAAAGAUCAAUAUAGCUGAAGUUGGUAUAUAGUUAAGGUGAAAAAAAAACUAUGGAAGUGGAGAAUAACCUGAGCAACAACAAAGUUACAAGUAAAUGUUACACAAGGGAAGAGGAUGAUCAUGAGGAGGUGGAGGACAUGGCACUUCCAGGUUUCAGAUUUCAUCCAACAGAUGAAGAACUAGUAGGGUUUUAUCUAAGGAGGAAAGUUGAGAAAAGGCCUAUCAAUAUUGAACUCAUCAAACAGAUUGACAUCUACAAAUAUGAACCUUGGGAUCUUCCCAAGUCAAGCAACAUGGGAGAAAAGGAAUGGUACUACUAUUGCAAAAGAGGGAGAAAAUACAGGAACAGUAUUAGACCUAACAGGGUGACUGGUUCUGGAUUCUGGAAGGCUACUGGCAUUGAUAGACCUAUUUAUAGUUCUACUGCUUGUCAUGAAUGCAUUGGCCUCAAGAAGUCAUUAGUUUACUACCGAGGCAGUGCAGGAAAAGGCACGAAAACUGAUUGGAUGAUGCACGAGUUUCGACUCCCUGCCGAAAAUGACAAAUCCACUAAACACAUUCAAGCUAAAAGCAUUGCUCAAGAAGCUGAAGUUUGGACCCUCUGCAGAAUCUUUAAGGGAAACGGUUCAGAUAAGAAGUGCCUGCCUGCAGAAUGGAGAGGAUCAGCAGCAGCAAAGCGAAGCCCAGUAGUCGACACAAGUUCACAAACAUGCAGCACAGAUUCUUCAUCAGAUAAUUAUGUAAUAAGCUUUGCUGCUCCAGCUGCUAUCGUCAUGCACAACAAUAACAGUACUAUUACUCAUGAAACCAAACCCUUUAUUAGCGGUCAUGUUCAUGAUCAAGACAUAUCAAAUAACAAUUACUGUAACCAGCAGCUGAUUAUGGGGCAACUCAUGAGCUCAUCAUCAGUGUAUACUCAUCAAACACCUUCAUCGAGCUUUGGUCAAGACAUGAACGAGUGGUUAAAGAAUGGAGAUUAUUGGGAUGAGCUUAGAUCUAUUUUAGAGCUCGAUCGCUUUUGAUUUUAUCCUUCUCAUCUUGUUUCUCCAUAUAUGUGACAUAUAUACCUUUAUUACGGCAUAUAUGAUUUUGUAAACUGAAAUAACAAGAUGAUACAUAUGUAGCUUGAUCGAGU